AAAAUCUCGAACAACCUAUUGUAAAUUUUCCCUUUUUCUAUAUUCUGUCCGGUCCCAUCGACCCCUAUUCUCAAUGCCUGCUGCUCCAUACCAACCUCCAAAGAACGGCGCUAAAAUCAUCAUUGUUGGAGGUGGAUCAUUCGGUCUAUCCACUGCCCAUGCAUUGUCGCUCAAGGCUAAAGGCUACGAUAUUCAUGUUUAUGAUCGUGAAAAGAUCCCUGCCUCUGAUGCAGCCUCUACAGACAUUAACAAGAUUGUGCGAAUGGAUUACGGUGAUGAUUUGAUCUAUCAGCAACUGGCAUGUGAGGCUCUUCCAAUCUGGAGACAAUGGAACGAGGAGGUCAAGGCGGAAGGAAAGCCGCUUGUGUAUAAUGAGACCGGCUUACUUCUGUUUAGCAGAAACGGUAAAUUCCCUGAUUAUGAACGGUUGAGUAUGCAAAAUAUCCGUGGUGCGGGAUAUGGACAUGCCAUUGAAGAGUUCCCUACACCUGAGAGUAUUGUUGAACGCUUCCCUCAAUUCUCUGACGCUGUUGCCAACGGAUUCAACAUUGCCUAUCUCAACAAGUAUGCUGGGUGGUGCUAUUCCACAGGAGCUGUAGUGCACUUGUAUGAAAAGUGUCUUCGAAAUGGUGUACAAUUUCACCAGAAUGGGUCUCACAGCACCUUGAAGGAACUCAUUGUGGAGAAUGGUGGACAAGUAAAGGGAAUUCGAACAGUGGAUGGACAAGAACAUUUCGCUGAUCUCGUUAUUUUGGCUACCGGCGCCUGGACCGCGAAGUUGAUAGACAUGGAGGGUACUUUGACUGCCACUGGACAUGCUGUUGUCCACUUUAAACCUGACGCGGAAACCUGCGAGAACUACUUUACAAAGGACUUCCCAGUAUGGUCUGGUGACAUUUCGUACCUUGGGUAUUAUGGUUUCCCUGCCAACCAUGAAGGAAAAGUCAAAGUGGCAUGUCACGCUGCAGGAUACCUCAAUAUGUGUGAAGAUGGCAAGGUCUCUGUGCCACGAACCAAGGUCGCUAAUCCUGAUGACACUCUCCCCCAUAAUUCAUUAAUAGAAUACCGAGAGUUCUUUGGCAAAUUCUUGCCAAAGCUGAAUGAAUUGGAUAUUGCGGACAGUCGGGUGUGCUGGUAUAGCGAUUCAUUCGAUGGCGAUUUCAUUAUUUCCCCUCAUCCCAAAUACCAAAACUUGAUUGUUGCAACCGGUGAUAGUGGACACGGCAUGAAAUUUAUUCCCAUCAUCGGUUAUAAGAUCGCACAGGUUGUAGAGGCCGUCGAUAAUGAGUAUACUAGAGCUUGGGCUUGGCGAUCGGCUGGAAAAGGCAGACUUGAUUCCAUGAGACUGCUCACCAAAACGGAUCGUCAAGAACUUGGAAAAGGAAUCGCUCGUUUUGCCAAACCCGAAGAGCUUAAGGCAAAUGCUAUCAAGGCCAAGUUGUGAGGAAUAGAGAGUUUAUUGUUGCGCAUAUCCACAUAUUGUACACGAAUACAAUGAAUUAAGAACUCAUCCUUCUAACCACUGUUCUGCCA